CCUCGUCAGAGGCUGUAAAGAACGCGAUAAACCUCCUCGUAGCUCGUAUACGAAAUUGAAAUAAAUUGAAGAGAAGGUGAUGGUGAAAAUCACGUUUCUCUCUCUCCCCGAGCUCUGAUAGUAGUUCUGCAAACACAGUCAUCGUUUUCGCUCACAGCGAUGGGUAGAAAGAAGCAAGCUCGACCAUUUCGGUCCGGAGGGAUAUUGGAGAGCUCUAACAUCACUGGAAAGAAGCCAGAUGACAUAGCUAGUUCUGAACCCCAGAAUGAAAAUGGUAAAGAGGAGAUUGGUGAAUCAAGUCAACCAUUUUUCGUGGAAAUUGACCGGGAUUCUUGGACUGUGGGUGAACAUCUUGAUAUUGCAGAAAUCGUGCUUAAGGAUUUAAUAUUUGGAGAAGGUUUUUCUAUUCACAGAAUCAUGGAGGAUUUUUGCAAUUUGAAUUUCUCACUUCGAUUUUUGCUGCGGAAUGUUGAGGAGUUUGGGGGUCGUCUUAAGUUAGGUUAUUGGCCUUUGAUUACCUCCAAUAAUAUAUCUUUGGAGUUGGUUGAAACAUCUAUGAUGGAGGAGAAAGAAAGAGUGUGUGUAAUGUUAUCAGGUAGUUUUGAUGGACCUGACGAGGGUGUUUCUGGUCUUGUUCACUUGGUUAGUCAGAAAAUUUUGACACUGAGGCCUGUUUCUGAAUUAAAAGUUUCAGAGGUUGUUCCAUCUCUUAGGUUGAGGGUGGAGAUGCUCAGGAGUGCUUUUGGUGCUUGUGAGUCUCUUUUGGAGACAACUAGACAACCAUGGAAGAAGAGUAUGAUGAGUGCUAUUGGUUGGCUGCGACCAGAACUUACAACCCAGGAGGCUAAGUAUGGCAUUAGUAAAUUGGACGUCAUGGAAGUUGAUUCACUUACGGAUGCAGGCAGCAGUAGCCCUGUUUCAAUGAAAGACUCUAGGUUUGAUGCUGCUGAGUUAUAUGAAGCCAUUAAGCGAUCCAAAGAGGAGCCAAUGCUGGAAGAUGAGCUUCCUGACUUGCUUCCUGAACUGAGACCAUACCAGCGCCGUGCAGCUUUUUGGAUGGUUCAAAGGGAGAAAUCGGCAUCAGAAGAUGUGUGCGAAAGAGAUCAGAAUAACAACUUUUGCAGUCCCCUCUGUGUACCUUUGGAUUUCCUUGAUACACAGAUGAAAAUGUUCUACAAUCCAUUCAGUGGAAAUAUCUCAUUACAACGUGAAUCCUUCACAUCAUAUGUCCCUGGUGGGAUUCUUGCUGAUGAGAUGGGCUUGGGAAAAACUGUUGAACUACUUGCUUGCAUCUUUGCUCAUCGCAAGUCUUCAUCUGAAGGUGGAGUUUUUCUUGAGAAUGAAAUGCAAGUUACUGGAGGACACAGAAAUAAUCUGAAAAGGUUGAAAAGAGAACGCGUUGAGUGUGUAUGUGGGGCCGUGAGUGAAAGUGCUAAAUAUAAAGGAUUAUGGGUUCAGUGUGAUGUUUGUGAUGCUUGGCAACAUGCCAAUUGUGUUGGUUAUACACCUGCAGAAAAAAAAUUAGAUCCCCAGGAAGUUUCCAGCGGGAAGGUCUGUAAAAUGAAUCAAUCUCCAGGAGUAAAAAAUCGUUUGAAAAGGAAAGCCACUUCCAAUGUAGUUUUCAUGGGUGGGGAUCACAUUUGCCAGACAUGCUUGGGCUUGAUCCAAGCUGCCAAUUCUCCUAUUAGUACUGCUGCCACUCUUAUUGUGUGUCCAGCUCCUAUUUUGCCCCAAUGGCACGCUGAGAUCAUUCGUCAUACAAAAGCAGGUUCUCUCAAAACAUGUGUUUAUGAAGGUGUGAGAAAUGCUUCCCUUUCAACAGGGUCCUUGAUGGAUAUCAGUGAACUGAUUAAUGCUGACAUUGUCCUAACAACAUAUGAUGUCCUGAAAGAAGACCUCUCACAUGACUCUGAUAGGCAUGAAGGUGAUUGUCGUAUCAUGAGAUUCCAGAAAAGGUAUCCAGUCAUUCCAACUUUGCUAACUAGAGUACUCUGGUGGAGGAUUUGUUUGGAUGAAGCUCAAAUGGUGGAGAGUAAUGCUGCUGCUGCGACAGAAAUGGCAUUGCGAUUGCAUGCUAAGCAUGUCUGGUGUAUUACUGGAACACCUAUACAGCGAAGGUUUGAUGAUUUAUACGGACUUCUGCGAUUUCUUAGAGCAAAUCCUUUUGAUGUCCAAAGGUGGUGGGUUGAAGUUGUAAGAGACCCAUAUGAGAGGAGAGAGGCAGGGGCUGUGGAAUUUUCACAUAAAUUCCUCAAGCAAAUCAUGUGGCGUUCAUCCAAAGUACAUGUGGCAGAUGAGUUACAGCUGCCACCACAGGAGGAGUGCCUAUCAUGGCUCUCUUUCUCACCUAUUGAGGCACAUUUUUAUGAGAGGCAACAUGAAACCUGUGUCAGUUAUGCCCAUGAAGUUAUUGAGAAUUUCAAGGAAGAUAUUCGUAAAAGAAAAUUUCUAGGUUGUGAAUCAUCUGCUGCUGAUCUAUUUCUUACCCAUGAUGAGGCUGCUAAGCUGCUCAACUCACUUUUGAAGCUCCGCCAGGCCUGCUGCCAUCCUCAAGUAGGUAGUUCUGGGUUGCGUUCAUUGCAACAGUCUCCAAUGACCAUGGAGGAGAUAUUGGUGGUUCUCAUGGGUAAGACCAGAACAGAAGGGGAGGAAGCUCUACGGAGAUUGGUUGUUGCCCUGAAUGGGCUGGCAGGCAUAGCGAUAAUUGAGCAAGAUCUUGCUCGAGCAGUAUCUCUGUACAAAGAAGGACUCGCAUUAGCUGAAGAGCACUCUGAGGAUUUCCGAUUGGACCCUUUGUUGAAUCUUCACAUUCAUCACAAUCUGGCUGAAAUACUCCCGGUUAUCUCAGGUUAUACACAAAAAUGCCCACCCAUUGAAGAACAGCUCUCUGGGAACCCUGAUGCAAAGACAUCACAAGUGAAUGAAACUGAUAAGUGUCAACAGUACCCAGUGAAGAUACAAAAUCUGAACAAUGACAGUGACAUGGAUAUAAUUUCUGAUGUUACACAUAAAGAACAUCAAGAGAAAUUAUCUGAUUUUACUUCUAACCUAUCAGAACGUGGUGUGGUCCAGAAGGAACAUGAUGUGCAAACCACUGUAUCAUUUGGCUCAUUUAGUAACAGUUGUUUGAGAACGACUUGUGAAAAUAUUAAACAGAAGUACUUGUCAACAUUCAUUUCUAAGCUGUCAUUGGCUCAACAAGAGUUUAAAAAUUCAUAUGUACAGGUCUGUAAUGCAUUUAGUGACAGAAAAAAUCAGAAUACAAAUUGGUGGUUAGAAGUUCUUCACCAUGUUGAGCAGAACAAUGACUCCUCGAAUGAGUUGAUUAGAAAAGUUGGUGAAGCUGUCUCUAGGACUUUAAAUGCCUCCAACUCCAAGUCCUCAAGAAUUGCUUCAAGGUUUCGAAGCAUAAGUGGAUUAAAAUACUUAAUCCAGUCUGGUCUUGAGUCAUUGGAAACUUCGAGACAAAAGUUAAUGGAACGACUCCUUGAAAUUGACCAUACGAUGGAUAACCCAAGAGAUGAGGAUAUUGAACGUAUGAGAUACUGUCCGAACUGUCAAGAUAACGAUGAUGGUCCUAUAUGUGUGCUCUGUGAACUAGAUGAGCUAUUUCAGGGCUACGGAGCCAGGCUCUUUCGUCUUUCAAAAGGGGAUGAUGGAGGGCUGCUUGCAUCUGCUGAAGAGGCACUAGACUUGCAAAAGAGGAGAUCUGAACUGAAUCGUUUCUAUAAAGCCUUGUCUCAUCGCAGUAAGGAUUCAGUAUCAUCCACAGUUGGGGAUGAAGAAAAUAAAAAGAAGAGGGUUGUCAGGGAAAAAGUAGUAGUUUCAAGAUCUCCAUGUGAAUUGGAGGUUGUCCUUAGGGUUAUCAGAAGUUAUUCCAAAGCUCAGUUAAGAAGAGGGGGGAUGUCAGCUGCUUCAAAGCAACUACGUCUUGUUGAGGAUAUGAGGAAGGAGUAUACCCAGGCAAGGUCCUUGGCAACUGCUCAAGCUCAAGUCCUGCGUGCUUAUGAUGAGAUAAAAAUGGCAACCUCACGGUUGCGCCUAAGGAACAUUGAGAGCGACACUUCAUCAAUUGAUGCUUUAUGCUCAGAAGAAUUAAUUGCAGCUAGCGUGGAGUUCUCCAAUGAAAAGUUUAUUUACUUGUCCUCAUUAUCACGUAUUAAAGGGCAACUUCGUUAUUUGAAGGGACUAGUUCGGUCUAAACAAAAGGUACAGUUGGAGAACCUUGAUACUUCAUCACUGCAUCAAGGUACAGCUAACUCAUCAGCUGCUGCGUGUUCUACAAUUGAACAAAGUGAACAUAUGAGUGGAGAUGAUGAUGGGGCCUGCCCUGUUUGUCAAGAAAAGCUCAACAAUCAGAAAAUGGUAUUUCAGUGUGGGCAUGUCACUUGCUGCAAAUGUAAGUCUAAUCACCGCCUUAAAGUUACAUCUUCAUUUCUUACACCUUCAUCCAAAGGCCUUUUACUUGAGGGAAAAAACUAGCAUCCAAUGAAGCCUGGUAAGGCUAGUAGUUACUGUAAGUAUACCAGAUCCAGCGGGAUAAAGUGGGGGGAAUAAGGAGAAGACAGGGAUUUGCAUGAAAUAUGUGCAAAAUGUGGCUCUUGCUUUAGUAUCUUGAAUUUCGCAAAAUAUGGUGGGCCAUUGCCUUGUGUCAUGGACUCAUGGCCUCAGACUCCCCCCACCCCCAAAGAAAAAAAUUAAAUAAAAAAAAAAAAAUCUCACAUCUACCAAACCUUGUGGAGAGUCUUGGGCUUAUGAGUGUGGAAGGGAACCUACAUAAUAGGUGCAUCUUUUGGGGUGGCACAGAUCCGGGAUUCGUGGUAUCAGAGCCAACCCAGGGGCACUGCAAUCCCUCUGGAGGGGUGCUGAGAUUGAGAGGGCAAUGCAAUGUGGUCCCAUGCAAGGAUGUGGGUCCUCACUCCUCAAAUCUCACAUUGACCUACCUUGUGGAAGGCCUCGGGCUUAUAAGUGGGAAGGGCACCUUCCCCCUAAUGGGUGCAUCUUUUGGGGUGUGGACCAGAGUCACCAGACCAAUGGCCGUGACACUUGACUCACCUUGGCGCCAUAACAACUAUGUCAAUGUCAUUUUGUUUCAAACUACUGGCCCAUGGUUUUGACUCUAAUAAAACAAGUAGUUUUGGGGGGAUGAAACCGACUCUCACCCCAGGGAGAAAAAAAAAGGGUAAAAAAAACAAAAAAACAAAAUCUCCAGCGGCCACUGCUCCCUCGCCUCUCACCCUCUCUUCUCUCUCUCUCUCUCUCUCUCUCUCUCUCUCUCUCUCUCUCAUUCUGUCCCCCUCUCACCUACUUUUUGGUUUGUUCAUAUAUUGAGAUAG